AUGGCGUUCACAUUUGCGGCCUUCUGCUAUUUGAUCGCGCUGAUCGCCGUCGCCUUCUGUAUCUUCUUCGCCAUCUACACGGUGAUCUGUAUCGAUGAGCUGAAAACCGACUACAAGAACCCUAUCGAACAAUGCCGGAAUUUGAACCAGCUGGUCUUGCCGGAGUACAUCAUCCACGCCGUGUUCACCUUCUUGUUCCUCUGCUCCUGGCAGCCGUUCUCGCUUCUCAUCAACACCCCGCUCGUUGCCUUUCACGCUAUGAGCUACGUUCGACGACCGGUGAUGACGGGCCCCGGCAUCUACGACCCGACGCGCAUCCUCAACCCUGGCUUUCUACCUCCUCUCCUCUACCACUAUCUCUACGCGAUGAUCUACACACUCGUCACCACCUCC